AAGAGCUGGAAGUCAAGCCAAGAACAAGAAUGAGGUGCAGAAUUCUUGUGGUCCUCAUGCUGCUUGGAUUUUGUGCACCUUUCUGUAAAGCCAGGAGAACAUCUCUUUCUUCAUAUUCCGAAGGAAAAAUGAAAACGUACCUACGUUGCCGAUGUAUCAAAACUCAGUCAACAUUCAUCCAUCCAAAGCACAUCACAAAUGUUGACUUAAUUACCAAUGGCCCACACUGCAGUGUUGAUGAAAUCAUCAUUACACUCAUCAAAGGAAACAAAAUCUGUUUGGAUCCAAAUGAAAAAUGGGUGCAGAUGGUUAUCAAUAUAAUACAAAGGCAGGAUUCAGCGUCCAAGAAGUUGAAGGCUCCUAAGCGGUGGCGGUUUGGGUCCUCGAAAAGGCAUGGGAGUUUCAGAUCACAAAGUUCUCCUGGUGGGCGGCGUCCAGCACGUCCAUCAGUCGAAAGAAGUAUGACGGAAAUGGUCAAGGAAUACAUGGAGAUCUUACUGAUGGAUGAAGAUCUAAUAAAGCCUCAUUAUUUGCGUCAUCCUAGAAAAUAUGGUGGCAGACUAUUCAAUGAGUAACGCCACUGAAUGCUAUUCCCACUCACGUUGACAAUGUGA